GUUGUCUGUUGCUGGGAGUACUUGCACAGAUCAGAAGACAAAAGAAGUGACAAAUGCGAAGCAACCAUAAGUGACGAAAGCGUUGGAUGUAUGAGUGUUAUUACUUUGUUACACGUUAUAUUUGGGUAGUUUUAAAUAGUAUACAAAUAUACUAUAUUUUGCUAAGUAGUACUGAUCGAUGUUUACCCUGCAGAAUAAUAAUCAGGUGUUAUUUCACCUUACACAGUUAACUUCAGCUGCUCUUAAUCCAAGAAGACCAUGUUCACCCCUAGCUUCAGGGACAAAAUCCAGUCGGCCACAACAGGGGGCAGCCCCACAAACAGACGGAGAUGUUGAUAUAAUUUGUUCACAUAGUUUAAAUACAGCAGUCAACAACUGCAGUGAAUUUAUUUUUAAACAUUUACCAAAAAUUAAUGGCGGGUGUGCAGAUGGGUUAGUACCAUGUCUCUUCUGGAACCAGCUGACAACUCAGCCACUAUUAAAAACUAAGUUAACCUCACCUUGGCAAAUAAAUUACUCUUCAUCGGAAUCAUUUUUCGAAAACAAACAUGGCUUUCCUCAGGGGCAACCGACGUGUUGCGGUUCAUCAACAUCCAUCGUUUUGUCAAACAAAUGUACCAGAAGACUGCUGCACAGUAUGCUUGUUGGACGACCAUUUUUAUUUGAUAUCCAUGUACGAGGAUUCAAGACAGAACGCAGCAUUAUGGCAGAACGGAUCCGAAACCCAACAAUCGGCAUGCGUCUACGUCAGGCAUUUGGGCUCUCAUAUACAGGCGGUAGUCCACUAGGACACCCGGGCAUAAGUAGUACCAGUGUGGGCAAAGUUGGUAGUUUUAAUCAGCCUGAAGUGGAAGCAGAGAAAUUAAAAGCGCUUAUUACAGAUGAAACAAUGAGCACGGAAGAGCAGCAUCGCAUGAAAGUGGCAUUUGCAGAGGGCUACUUGGAAGGGUCUGGCCAGAAGGCCCCUGGACGGACAAUGAAGUGGUUGAAGGUCAUCCAGCAACUACUGAUAAUUGUCAUCUUCCUGGCGAUAUUCGUAUCCUUCAUGGCAAGCGCAAGUGGCUCCGUCUUCCGCAUCCAGCUUGGCAACCAGGUUGAAGUUGAUCCAGAAGAAAUCCACGUGACAUUUGAGGAUGUAAAAGGUGUAGAUGAGGCAAAGCAAGAGCUGAAGGAUGUGGUGGAGUUCCUCAAAAAUCCAGAGAAAUUUUCUGCACUGGGUGGCAAGCUGCCCAAAGGUGUGUUAUUGGUUGGCCCUCCUGGCACAGGAAAGACGCUCCUGGCUCGUGCAGUUGCUGGAGAAGCUGGCGUCCCAUUCUUCCAUGCUGCUGGGUCAGAGUUCGAUGAGAUUCUAGUGGGGCAGGGUGCCAGAAGAGUACGGGACUUGUUCAGGGCAGCAAAGGACAGAGCUCCGUGUGUGAUUUUUAUUGAUGAGAUUGAUUCUGUCGGAGCAAAGAGAACUAACUCAGUGCUGCAUCCGUAUGCUAACCAGACCAUCAACCAGCUCCUUUCAGAAAUGGAUGGCUUCCAUCAGAAUGAGGGUGUGAUUGUUCUUGGAGCAACCAAUAGGAGAGAUGACUUGGAUAAAGCUUUACUCAGACCCGGAAGAUUUGAUGUAGAAGUAACUGUUCCAACACCUGACUAUGUAGGCCGCAAGGAGAUCUUGGACCUGUACCUGGGGAAAGUCCUCAGUAAGGAUAUAGAUGUUGAGAUAUUGGCACGAGGGACAACAGGCUUUACAGGUGCCGAUCUGGAGAGUAUGGUGAACCAGGCAGCUCUGCGGGCAGCCAUCGAUGGUGCUGACUCUGUCACUAUGAAAUAUCUGGAGAAUGCCCGGGACAAAGUUCUCAUGGGACCUGAAAGGAAAGGAAGAAUUCCAGACGAAGAGGCAAAUAUGAUCACUGCAUACCACGAGGGAGGCCAUGCUGUUGUGGCAUACUUUACUAAGGAUUCUCAUCCCCUUCAUAAAGUUACAAUAAUACCAAGAGGUCCUUCUUUAGGACAUACGGCUUACAUACCCGAGAAGGAGCGAUACCAUGUUACAAAGUCUCAGCUGCUGGCCAUGAUGGAUACUAUGAUGGGUGGCCGGGCUGCUGAGGAACUUGUGUUUGGUCCAGAGAAGAUCACAUCUGGAGCUUCUAGUGAUCUGAAGCAAGCCACUGCAAUUGCCAUUCACAUGGUCAAGGACUGGGGAAUGUCUGAAAGAGUGGGGCUGCGGACUCAUGAUGGAAACAACUCGGGCUUUGUGGUGGUGAACGAGCUCAGUCCAGGCACUAACGAACUGAUUGACUCAGAGAUAAAAAGGAUAAUGACAGAAUCUUAUGAGCGAGCAAAGAACAUUCUUAAGACACAUCAGCGUGAGCACAAGAUGCUGGCCGAAGCGCUGCUCAAGUAUGAAACUCUGGAUGCUGAAGAUAUCAAGUCAAUCAUGGCAGGCAAACAGACUCCAGACAAGACACACCCAGUAUGACUGCACCUGUACUUAAUGUGACUGACCUUUAGCAUGUAGGAGAGUUUGUUAGGUACAUGACAGAUAAUGGAGCAGCACGAUACCUUCUCAAUUCAUGUAUUAUGAAGAUAUUAAACAUUAUA